AUGGUGGAGAAUAAGGAAGUGGUGAAGCAUUUAUUGGUGAAGGAUUUUCAAAUUGUAAGGAGAGAAAAAUAUUUGAAGUUCAGUUCAAGCAACCAAGGAAACUUUCUUGAGCUUUUACAAUUCCUUUGUUAUCACCAUGAACAAGUUAGAGCAGUAACACUGAAAAAUUCUUAUGACAACCUCAAGUUGAUAUCACCAAAGAUUCAAAAAGACAUUGUUAAUGUUGCUUCAGUUGAAACAACUGAUGCUAUUAUAAGUGAUAUGGGUGAUUCCUUGUUUUCUAUUCUUGUUGAUGAAUCUCGUGAUGUAUCCGUAAAGGAGCAAAUCUUUGUUAUGUUUCGUUAUGUUCACAAGAAACGGUAUGUGAUUGAAUGUUUCAUUGGUAUUGAACAUGUGGCUAAUACAACAUCUCUCACACUGAAGAUAUCGAUCGAUGCAUUAUUUGCUAGACAUCAUUUAAGCAUAUCUCGAUUGUGUGGUCAAGGUUAUGAUGGAGCAAGUAAUAUGAAUGCAGAGUUCAAUGGUUUGAAAACACUUAUUAUGAAAGAGAGUCCAUGUGCUUUUUAUGUUCACUGCUUUGCUUAUCAACUUCAAUUGGCUCUUGUGUCUUUAGCAAAAAACCAUAGUCUGGUGCUUUCUUCACCUUAG